UUCAUUUGUUUAUUUUCAAAUGACCAGUUUCGAUAGCAAGAGAAAGCAGUAAUCAUUGGAGAUCAAUGGGUGGCGGUAACGCACCAUUACAGUUUGAAAAACUCCGUUAAACACAGUGAAGAAGAACGGCCGAAGAAUCCCACAGACGGCUUCUCUUUAAAUAUGACAAUUAGUCUAUCUAAGGUGGGUAAUAUAGAUGCGUUCAGGCAAAAAGGUACUUCCUAUUCAUGGUUGCCUGUUAAACGUACAACUUAUGUUAUACAAACCCAAAGACUUCCCCAGUCGGUUGGCACUGCCGAUUAAUUUUAAGUAGAUAAGUCGCUUCUUGCUCUUCUCAUGUUGAACCCAAACAGCCUGUCCAAAGAUGUCAUGGUUCAAUUGCGUCAGUCAAAACUCGGACCACCAGCUGCAAUUUUCCACCGACAGUCGUACAAUGUCGGCCACAGAGGGCUUCUGUGCUUCUUCCCGCUCCCGGCUCAGGGGGGCUCCGACGGCUGCGGCGUCACCCACCGUGGCAACACAAGACUGUCCCGGCUUCUCGUCUCGCGGGCCAGAGGGCUUUCCCUCGACACCCGAAUGUGUCGCCGGGCCUCCCACCCUUGAGAAUCUGACAUGCGGGUCUCCGAGCGGAGGCCAGAUCGGAGAGCCGGUUCCCAUCUCUUAUGUGAGCCUCCAGGAGCAAAGGUGCGUCCUAAGCUGGUUCCAGGGCUGGACUCCCUCUCAGCGGGAGAGAUUUUUGCAGGACCUGGUGGCCAAAGCCGUGCCCGGGAAGGUUUGCACCCUUCUCGACUCUCUCAGUACUCUUCAGGUCAAGGACAGACUACCAAACAUAUUUGAAUGCCAGCUACGCCUGUGGACACAGUGGUUUGAGUCUUGGGGAGAAGAAGAGCGCAAUCAUUUCUUACACGUACUGGAAGAGAGGGAUGCCACAUUUGUUGCCCACUUUUACAACUGUGUAGCGGCUACUGCGGGCAGAGACUGAGUCAUGAUUGCAUCUUGAAACGCAUACAAGGACAAUAAGCAAAAAUGAAUGUGCAUUGGUAUCAUGGCCACUUCACCGGAAAGAGAAAUACAUGUUGGUGUGAGGUGUAACCGUUAUCUUGAAUAGACUCCUGAGCAUUGUGACCAACUUUUAAAAAGUCUUUCGUAAACCAAUUCUUCAGGGAAACUUCACACACACACACACACUAAAAAAAAUGUAUUUAUUAUACCCCCGCCCUUUUUUUUCCAAACUAAUGAGCAUUUUGUUAAAUAUUGUACUUCAUACUGGAUGAUUGGAGCUCUCGGUAUAAUCGCUGCGUGAUAAUGUUAUGUUUUGACUACCCUGAUUUAUGUACCGGAUAUGGGGUUGACAUUUUUUGAAAAGUUGCACAAAUAAACAAUAUACUUCAUUGUA